AUGGGAACCACUGUUAAGAUAUCGACAAAAGAUGUUUCGGAUUUAACACAAACUCAAGAGUUGUUGCGUUUGGCCCUUAGCUGUGGUAAGGGAGGAGUGAGCGGUGUAUUCAACGUAGCGAUGGUUUUGUCGGACGCCCUCUUUGACAACCAAACAGCAGAACAAUUCCGCAAAGUGUUGGCCCCCAAAGCACAGGCAACUCGAAACCUGGAUGUCGUGUGUCGAGAGUUGUGUCCACAAAUGGAUUACUUUGUAUGCUUUUCGUCCAUAAGCUGUGGGCGCGGGAACUCCGGUCAGAGUAACUAUGGGUUCGCCAAUUCUGUGAUGGAAAGAGUCUGCGAAAGGCGUCGGGCGCAGGGAUUACACGGACUGGCCAUCCAAUGGGGUGCUAUCGGUGAUGUGGGAGUUGUGGCCGAGACUAUGGGCGGUAAUGAGACAGUAAUCGGCGGAACAUUACCCCAACGCAUGAACUCUUGUUUGGCAACACUUGACCACUGCCUUCAGGAGCACCACUCAGUCAUGUCGAGUGUGGUGAGGGCUGACCACAAGAUUGACGCCACCAAUAAAAAGGGUAAUCUUAUGAAAACGAUUGCACAUAUACUGGGCCUCAAAGACCACACGAGUUUGGAUAGGAAUACAACACUAGGAGAACUGGGAAUGGAUUCAUUGAUGUCAGUGGAGGUGAAGCAGACACUGGAAAGGGAUUACGACUGUAUCCUCAAUAUGGAAGACAUACGGCGCUUGACUCACAUCUGGCAAUGA